AUGGCACAGUGUGAUGACUCGACGCAACCUCCGUCAAGUUGGAAUCGGGACCCUAUAAGGGAGCAGCUAGCCCACCUCGCCACUCACACACCUAUUCAGGUUCCUCGACCGCAAGAAGGCGUGCCGGCCGCGUUUCACGCCAUGCAACAAGGUGCCUGGCGGAUACCGUUCGCCGGUUUCACACCAGCUCAACCUCAACCUCUAUUUCGAUCCACCUGGCAACAACCAUCUUCCGGAGAGUGGACAGCGAACAAUAAUAAAAUCAAUGAGUGGAAAAAAUGGAACUCAUUAGAGACACCGUCGACAGAGUUGGCAAGACCACGACCGCAGCUACUAUCGCCCCACUUUGGCUCACCUGUAUUGCCAACGGGUGGGCAGGCAACUCUGCCGGCUGUGGGCCCCAUCACCGAAGUAACAGCAGACAAACAGCCAUGUGAACCAAUGGAUCAGCACGACAUUCACAUCCUCAAAGAGGAAGAGCGAAAAUCUGCUGAGCAUCAUUCCGCUUCGUACGAUGCGUCGGCUUCGCCAUCGUUGAGCGGUGACGAGGACGAACGGCGUCUUGACGUCGAAGGUAGUAGCGAGCCUCAUGCAGAGGAUGUAGAAGUCGACGUCGCUAAGACGUCAUCGGAGCAUCGCAUGCAGUGCAGUGUUGAUUACGAGACGGACGAAGGGCAUCCUUACGACAAUGAUGACAAUCACGUUAGCACAACGACAUCGCACAAGGAAGAUGAAGCCUCACACCUCCUGCUCAACUUCUCGCAGCAGUCGUUCGCCUCCUCUAGCGACCAGUCACGAAUUCAGUGUCUGCCUUCACCAACGGAAAGUGGAAAAGUUAGCGAUCCGAACGUGCCCACUACGACCACAUCAAAUUCGACUACACCAGUAAUUAUCAGCAGCGCAUUCUCAUCUACGGAUUCCGCAGUGUCUACAUCAGAAAGCAAUUCGUCCUUCUGCCGUCCUCCUGGCUUAGGCCCCGCAGCGUUCUGCACACCAACGACAGGCCAAAACGCCGCUCUAGUUUGUCCUAUUUGUGGAUUUUCAUGUAACUCCAAGUUCCACUACAACAGCCACAUGAACACUCACGGCGACCACCAGUGUAGUAUGUGCGAUUAUACGAGCCGCACUGAAGGAAGCAUAUGCGUGAAGUCACACACGGUCGAAGAGCAGCUGGCUGUUGGACUAGAGAUCAAACCACCGACACCAGCUCCGGCUUCCAGUACGACGACGUCGACGGUGACCACUACAUCGCAGUGUUCCGCACUGGCUGAUAUAGCGAAUCUUUCGACUACUAUGGCGUCGCUCGUCGACGUUGCGAAUAUGGCAGCAGCAGCUGUUGCUGGUAAACAGGAGCAGACAUCGAGCUCUCUGGCUUCGGCACUAUCUAUGGACAACCUGGUGAGCACGAGCGGCUUUCUGAGCACAAUCGCCUCAACCGGUUUACCUUCGGCUUUGGAUCAGAUUCGGGCUUUUGCCGAGAAUUCUUCCUUACUACCGGAUUCUGGCGCCACGCUCGCGAACGCGUUCGGUGCGAUGUCGCAGGAGGUCGUAGAUGGAUUCGAGAAGUCGUCAGAGAAGUACAAUAACGCGGAACCACGACGAAACAGUAAUGGGAAGAUGAAGCAGUAUAAAUGUAAACAGUGUCCCCAUAUUUCGUUUUCCAAGGACGAUCAAUGGGCUCACGCUCGUACUCAUAUACCAGUUGACAAACAAAUGAACUGUCCUACAUGCAACUUCGUUACUGAGUAUAAACAUCACCUGCUGCAUCUGAAGAAAUACGAUCAUCGUCGUGUACCAGACGGCAUGGAAAUGGGUGACACAUCACCAACACAGGUAAAACCCGAAUGCCCUUCCACCGUAUUCGAACUUUGGUAUGAAGUUGGACGCACCAUCACCGACUUCAACUCUUGCGCAAACUCUUGGGCUCUCUCCGAUUGUUACCAGCCAGAGUUUGAACUAUGCCAGUCAGAUAUGGAACAGAUGAGCUCGUUGAUCAACAGCAUGCCGACGUUACCUCAGCCACUGACCUGCGCAGUGUGCGACUUCCAGACCAACUCACAGGAAGAGCUGAUGCGACACAAUGUCAACCACUUCCUGAAUCAGUCAAAUCAAAGUCCGAUUGUCAGCUUGUAUCAGUCGUUACCUCAGGUGAACUCGUUCAUUCCAAAGCUCGAGGCAAUCGCAGACAAACCUGUAUGCGUUGACACCCAAGAAGAGCGCGACAGUGGACACGUCGGUGACGAUGAGAUGGAAGGCAGCACUGGUAGCACGAGCAGUCCUCAUUGCAGUUCGAAAGGAUCCGGCGACGAGGUCGAGCAACCAGGCAGAAAAAUCAAAGCGUUCAAGCUGGAGCAAAUAAGUCAACGUCUUCAAGGGAAGAGUCCCAAUGGUAGCGAAGACAGCGAUGAGAAGGAAGCAGCGAAGCAGCAUGUCAAGGAGGAAAUGUCGCCUGUUUCGGAAUCACCAACACCGAUCGCCAUGUCCAGCAGCGUGGUGAGGUCGGUUGGGCAGCCGGCAUUCCAGCCAUUUUCCUCCGAGAACAAUCUGAACAUCUUCCAACGAGCGUACCUGGCUCAGCUGAACGCGCUCAAUUUGAGACGAGAAGAAGCCUCGUGGCGAUUCCAGUGUCACCACUGCCGUAUGGCUUUUCAGGAUCAAGCUCUUUAUCACAUUCAUAUGGGCUAUCAUGGCUAUGAGCACGUGUUCAAAUGUAACCGGUGUGGACAUAUCGCGCCGGAUUCGUUGAACUUCAAUUUGCAUUUGCUGCAAGCAUCACACGAGUAG